GAUUUGCCCUAUCUUCUUUCCACAAUUUUAAGCCAAUAAAAAAUCAAUUAGUGCAAUUAAGAUUUUUGAAGUUUGCAAUUAAUUAAUAAAACAAGCAUUAAAAAUGUAAAAAAUGAAUCUUUUAGAAAUAAUUUUUUUUCUCUAUAAUAUGUAUCUUUAAGGAACAGAGAGAGUAUUAUUUAACUACAUUAGGCAAUUCUGUAAUUUUAUUUAAAAAAAAUAAUGAAGCAGAUUAAUAAUAUAUUUAUUGUUAAUUUAAUAAAAAGUUUAUUAUAUAUUUAGAUAGACUAACAUAUUUCUCUAAAGAUUCUAAGAAUCAUUCUAGUGAUGUCACGUGACUGCAAAAAAAAUAUUGUUAUGCUUCUCAAUUAAUAUAUAAGGAUUCUUGUCAUAGGUUAUGUUAAACAAUUAAUUAGUACAUACCUAACAUAAAAGUAAAAGAGGGUUUCCUUAACUAAUUGAGUUAGUAAUAUAUGUAUUUUUUUAUAAAUAUACACUACUAGUUCAAACUGUUGAGCUUCUAAACCAUAAUCUCUCUUCCACAGAAAGACAUCGAGGAUGAGAUAUGAGACUAGUUUAGCUUGUUUUAAUCUGAAAAUAUUAAAUAUAUACAAUUUUUAUGAAAGAAAGUAUACAGUAAGUAUAUCUUAGUAAACAGCAUUAGUUAUUCAUUAGGUGCAAGUUUCACCUGCCAAAGUUAGAUGGGUCCAUCUUGAAUAUUUGGAUCUCAUAAAAUUCAUUAUAGUUUUUAUAACAUAUUUUGGUACUAAUUGGUGACGGAUUGAAUAAUUAAUUAACGUUGAGCCAUAAUCUGGGGAAAGUACAUUAACACAUCUAACAAUAACUAAUGCAUUUUGCAACUAUAACAAAUUGAAGACAGUAACGAUGAUUUGUCUGGGACCUUGUGGUUAGAUGGUAAAGAGUUGGAUGGUAAAGCGAUGGGUUUAAGACGUCAACACGUUUUAAGUUCGAUCAACUUGCUUCGCGAAACUAAGACACAUUAUUCUGAACGCACACCUAGAUAUAUAUAUAUAUAUUUGCUUUAUGUUCAUUUCAACAUCCAAAGAAAAAAAUGUAUCCAUUACACUUCACUUUGAAAAUUAAUCUAGGCCUUUCUAUAGACAUGAAUACUUCAAAGUUAGUCAAAAAGAUAAUGUAAAAUAUAUUGUAAUAAUAUGAUCUUUCAUAUCUAAUCAUUGUUUAAAUUCAGCUAUAUCAUAUACUCCCUCCUUUUUUAAUAUAAGCCGUUUUAGAGAAAUUUUUAUGUUCUAAAAUAUAUGACGUUUUCGAUUUUCUAUGUAAAAUUUAUUAAAACUUAAUGUUAUAUGACUAAUGAUAAUAUACUUUAUAUUUUAUUAUUGGUUGAUUUGUGGUUAGACAAAUAAUUAAUAAUGUUUUUGUUUAGAAAAUAUAAAAAAUUAAUGAUUUUCUUAAUCUAUGUGCAUAAUUCUAAAACAAUGUAUAUUAAAAAUGGAUGGAAUAUAUAUGUCAUUAAACUAAUUAUCUCUAACAAAUCUCUAGCUAAUUUUAUUCGUUGCAUAGAUAUUAUAGACGUUUAUGUUUUUUUCUUUCUCAAAAUUGAUUGAACACAAAUGCAUUCUUUAUGUUUGUUUUCAUUGGUACUUUUUAAACACAAAUUCUCAGUAAUAAAGAUCUUUUAUCUAUACUCAUUAAUUGAAUUGUAGAAAUGCAUAAUUAAUGACAUUUUGAACUAAGCAGUUAAAGGAGCGACAUUAUGGAUAGAGGAUCAACCAAUAACUGAAAAUGUCGACAUUUGGUAGUUAGUUCCAAAUCUAUCCUACCUAAAGUCCAACACGCUCAUUAAUUUUGAUAAGCAAUUAAUAAUUAUCAUUCCGCACCUUUUCUACAAUUUUAUUUUUUUCAUGUUUUUCUUAUUCAUUCGUAUUGUUCUUCUGAUGGCUAUCAGUUAAGCCUUAAAUGUAUUGUUAAAUACUAAUAUGAAUGUCAUGCAUGUUUUUAAAAUAAUCAUGUUACUAGGUUAAAAAUGAACAUUGCAUAUAUAAAUUAUUUUUACGUAUUAUAUGUUAUUUUAAUGAUAAUAAAUAUAUAUUGUAUAACUAAAAAGUCACUAACUAUUACGUAUACAAUUAAAUUGUUGCGAAGACGAAAAUAAAUUUAUUAAUUCAAACAAUCAUUUUUCAAUUUUAUAUAGUACAUAAUUAAAUUUAAAUGAUAUUAACAUAGAUAUAUAUAGUAUAUUUUUAAUAUAUCUGUUAAAUGAUGCUUUCUAGUCAUAUUGGUUUUUGAUAUUUUGUAUUUUUUAUAAGGAAAACUUCAAAACACUAAUAUCUAAAUUGUCAUUAUGGGAUGUUUAAUAGUCUUAGUAGUUUAUAACUUUUUAAAAAAAUUCAGUGCAAAGUUUUAAAACUUAAUAUUAAUUUGUCAAUAUUUGUUCAAAACUUUUAUCCAAAAAAUAAUUUGUUCAAGAAAAUUUUGAAACUAAAAUAUUUAUGUAUUUUUAUAUGGUAUAUAGUUUAAUUUAAACGAUAAUUACUUCCUACUUACACGAUUUUCACCUUAAUAUUUAUUAAAUGAGACUUCCUACUUAUAUGAUUUUGUAAAUCAUUUACAUCUUGUAAUAGCAAAAUUCUAAAAAAAAAAACAGUGUGAGACUUUUAACAAUUUAAGUAAUUUAUAGUCAUUUUUAAAAAUUCAAAAUAUAACAUAUAUGGAAAAAUCUAAAUUUUAUUAUGUAGAUGUUUAAUUUAUUUUAAUAAUUUAAAAUUAUACAAAAAUGAUAGAGGAGACACUAAUUUUUAUCAAAUAUUUAUUAUUCAAAAUUAUUACUUUCUUAUGCAUUGAUAUAUUUUUUUCAUAAUUAGUGUUAUAUAUUUUAGAUUUUUUGCCAUAUAGCUAAUUGUCUUCAAAAUACUUGGACCAAAUCGUGUAAUAUGGCUAUUUCUGUACAAAUAUCCGAACUUGUUUAAGAUACAAUGAUUAUUUGAAUAUUUUUAAAUUCAUAUACAUCAGAACAAACUCAUCCAGACCUGAGAUAACCCACCUCGAAACCAACCCAACAAAAUUUAAUACCCGAGCGGGACCUAAUUUUAACAAAAAAAAAAACAGUACCCGAAAUAAACGAUAUGUACCUCAACGGAUACCCGAAUGUAAAUGUCUAACUAAUUCUAUAAACAAAUUAAAAAAAAAACUCUUUGUUGACUGUUUUAAAUUCCUGUUACAAGCAAAUUUAUUUAAACCAGUCAAAUUAUUAUGGUCAACAUAUAAAAUAAAUGAUGUUAAAUUAUUCUGGUAAAAAUAAUUAAAGAAUUAGUUAUGAAGAACAAAAAAAGAAAGUAAAAAUGUAAUUAAACACUUUAAAAUAGGUAAUUUCUGUUUCAAACUUCUGUAAUAAAUAUUGUCAAAAUAUUUGGAAAAGAAUAAAUGAAAUGGUUAGAAUGUGUUAGAAAAGGAAAUAAAAAUUGUAAGAAAACACCUAAAUUUAGGAAAGUAUUUUUUGUACUUCAGUGGUAUAGUGCUUAAUAAAAUAUAGUUAAGAGUAUUUUUGUAUAACUUUCCCAAGUAUUUGUUGUUAACGUUGGUUCUCAUAUGGUUUUCCCUAGCAACACUGUUUCUCAUUCUAUUACUAAUUUAAUUGGAUCGUGAAUCCUCUUGUGACCUAAUUAUUAUUUUAAAUAAAAAUGAAUUAGAAAAAGCUCUUUGAUUGUAACUAAAUAUUUUACCAUUUCUGAUAUACAAAUAAGCUAUUGCUGUAAUAUAUUUUUGUAACUGUAAUAUUUUGUCAAGUUAUAAUAUAUUUUUUUCAGAAUUUUUUAACGUUCUCAUACAUAUAUGAUCUACAAAAUUUUAAUCCUAUACAGGUUUAAUUUAUGCAUAAUAUUUUAGUUUUAUGACAAGUAACGCACCUUCAUAACGUACAAAUAAUAACAAAAAGUAGCAUCUUUUUUAAUUUAACAAAUAUGAAAUCUUACUAGGCAACAAAAUACCUAAACAAAUAGUAGUUCUUCCUGCUGUAAGAAAACAAAUAUUUUCUUCAUAUAAUGAAAAGUAAAUAUUUUAGUUUAUGAAUAAUAUAUUCAUUUUAUGAAAAGUUAAUGCAUCUUCAUAAUUUUCUAAUGUAAAGAAAAUAACAAAAUAGCAUUUGUAUAAUUUGACGAAUUUAGUAAUCUUACUAUGUACAUAAAUACCAAAACAAAUACUCCUUCUGUUUUAUUUUAAUUCUCAUUUUAGACUUAUGCAUACAAAUUAAAAAAAUAUUUAAUUUGUAUAUUUACUAAAUAAAAACAUCAUCAUCAAUACAUAUAGCCACAGUUUAACCAAUAAACAAAUAGAUUUGAAUAUAAAAUCAAUAAAUUUUGUAUUAAAAUUAUAAAACAAUACUUAUUUUAAAACAAAAUUUUAAUUCUACAAUGACAAAAAUAUUUCACUCAUAUAUUAGCAAAAUGAAAAGUAUCUAUUUUGGUUUCCCUAAAAUAAAAAGACCACAACCCAAUAUUUAUUGACCAUUCAGACGUAGUAUUCCUUACUUUGUCAUUUUGACCUUUAUUUUAUUACAUUUUUCUUCACCUAUAUACACGCAAACCCCAUAAUCAUAAUCAGACAUCCUUGAAUAAGUUUUUUUUUCUUUCCUGAAAUCAAAUGGACAAGUCUGAAGAAAUCGCUUACGCUUCUGUUCUGUCUAUUCUCUCACUCUUUCUUCUAAUCCUCCUCAUCUUCCUCCUCUUACUAUGCAGAAAGAAACCAAUCCGGUCCGACGAAUCUCUCCUUCCAAAAACCAAACCGGCGGGAACCACUUACCCUUUAACCGAACUAGAUUCAGCAACCGACGGAUUUAGCCAGCGACGAAUCAUCGGUAGCGGCCGGUUAGGAACGGUUUACGCAGCGGUUAUCCCGUCCCACAAAAACCUCGUCGCGGUCAAAAGAAUACACCCCGGUUUGGUUUUAAGCAAACCGGGUUCCGGUUUCACCACGGUUCUCAAAACGCUCUCUUCCUCUCUCCACCCCAACGUCGUCUCGAUCCUAGGCUUCUCGGAAGCUCCCGGAGAGAGGAUCGUCGUCACGGAAUUCGUCGGAGAAGCGAAAAGCCUGAGCGAUCACUUACACGGAGACUCCGACUCCGAUCUCGAACCGGCGGUUACAACCGUUUUCGACUGGCGUAAACGUUUCAGAGCCGCGGCGGGAGCGGCGAGAGGCUUGGAGUAUCUGCACGAGAUCGUGAACCCUAGAAUCAUCCACGGGCGCUUCACGUCUUCGAAUGUUCUCUUGGAUGAGAAGUUCAUGGCGAAGGUCUCAGAUUACGGAUUCGCGUUCUUGAUUCCGCGCGAGAACUCUGAGGUUUCUUGGUACGUUGAAGAAGGGUACUGCAAAGAGAGCGAUGUGUACGGAUUCGGCGUCGUUUUGCUCGAGAUUCUGAGUGGGAGAAGAAGCGAGAACGGGUCGAUCGUGAAGUGGGCGACGCCUUUGAUCAAAGAGAAGAGAUUCGCUGAGCUUUUGGAUCCGAGGAUUGUUGUUGAGAGUGAGAUCAAGUGUUUGGUGAUAAGACUAGCGAAGGUUGCUUUGGCUUGCGUCGGGAAUUCGCGGAGGAGUCGGCCGUCGGUUUCUCAGGUGGCGGCGAUUUUAAACAGUUUGGAGAGGGAAGGAGGGGGAAUUUGAACAAUUCGGGAAGUUUUGGGGUUUUACGGUGAAUAUUGAGAAUAUAUUAGGGGUAAGUUAGUUAUUAAUGAAACAGUUCUGUUAAUGCUACUUAGGCCGUGUACAUUAAUUUUUUUUUACUUUUGGGGGUAUAUAAUCGGUUUCGUAUGAUUUAAUUAAUGCUUUUAUUCACAUCAAUCUAUAAAAUUGGGAAUAUUAUAAUCGAAAAAAAUAAUUUUCGUAUGCUCUGUCGGAAACAAUUAUAGAUUACGAGGAUUUAUAAUUAAAAUAUGGUAAGUGUGUACGAAAGAUUGUUUAAAAUUUACUCGGGCCCUUCAUAAUUUGACGAGACUUGGAAGGUAGGUUAUCGUCAAAAUUAGACGGUGGACCUAAUCUUUGCACCUUGUGCUUUGUGGAACAAGUCAGUUUUGUUCUUUAAUGGUAAAAAAUUUUGGUAGGUA